AUGAAAAAUAAAUUUUAUAAAACUACUCUAAUCGCCUAUAAUGACUUUAUUAGACAAAUUUAAGAUGAUGGGUUAAAAGUUUAAUAGAUGGUGAUAGAAUUACAGAAUUAAAAAAAGAGAAUAGCUUGCUUCUCUAUAAUUUAUUAAUACAGCAAAAAAAAGAUGAGCCUAUUGUCAAAAAAGCUUUAAGUCAAACUCCACAUCUGUUCUGGAAAUUAAAAAAAAAAGAAAAGAUAAAUUUUGAAGUUUUAAAAAUUAAUGAUUAUUUUUAUUUUCAUCAUACUUUUAGGUUGA